GAACCUGGAUCCCAUCCCGAGGCAGCCUGCAAACGGCCAGCUCACCAGCCCCAGAGCCACUGAAUGAUAGUGGCAGUGACCAAGGUUUUGUAAACUUUCUGGUGUUUUUUUCUUCAUGUAUAAAUGUAUAUGUUAUGUCUCAAUUUUUGUGCUUUAAAUAAAAAUGACAUUUUCAGACAACACUGGUCCUAAUGUCUUGUGGACUUCGGAGGAUGGGGGUGGCCUACGGACCCUGAAUGGAGCUGCUCCAGUGAUGAGGGGACAGUUAAGAUUCUGCGAUUCUGCAUCUGGCCACCCUGUUCUGGCUGGUCUAGGAGGGGCCAAACCCCUUCCUGAGACUAUUGGUCUCUUCCAAAGGCACCUUCUUGUCCCAGUACCUCUAGUUCAGAGCUGUUGGUCUAGGUCGGAGGGGGACUCUCUGGAGCCUCUUUGACUUAACCCCCACUCCACACACCUGCUCACCCUGGCGCCUCCCCUGUUGCCCCUCACGUGAGCCAUAAAGCCUGGAUGGGAUUCCUCCUGGUGACCUUGUCUGCUGGCCUCAGCCCUCAAGGACCUCAGUGUUCCCAAAGGACCCUUGCGGGCACUGGCGGAUCACGCAAUCACCAGGCGCCCGGGAACUGUACCUGGGGAACCUGGUGCGAAGCCAGCGCCCCGCCCACCGCGCUGCAGUCCCGGCGGGCGGCGCUGGGGGCAGCGUGGAGUGCUCCCCGCGGCCGCGCGUUCUGCCCGCUGGGCUGCGCGCCGGAACCCCGCGCCUGAAAGCAGGAAACGGCGGGAGCGGGGCGGCGGGGAUGGCGGGGCCCGGUUGGGGCCCCCCGCGGCUGGACGGCUUCAUCCUCACCGAGCGCCUGGGCAGUGGCACGUACGCCACAGUGUACAAAGCCUACGCCAAGAAGGACACUCGUGAGGUGGUAGCCAUAAAGUGCGUGGCCAAGAAGAGUCUGAACAAGGCAUCCGUGGAGAAUCUACUGACAGAGAUUGAGAUCCUCAAGGGCAUUCGACACCCCCACAUUGUACAGCUGAAAGACUUCCAGUGGGACAGCGACAACAUCUACCUCAUCAUGGAGUUCUGUGCAGGGGGUGACCUGUCUCGCUUCAUUCAUACCCGCAGGAUUCUGCCUGAGAAGGUGGCUCGUGUCUUCAUGCAGCAGUUGGCUAGUGCCCUGCAGUUCCUGCAUGAACGGAAUAUCUCUCACCUGGAUCUGAAGCCACAGAACAUUCUGCUGAGCUCCUUAGAGAAGCCCCACCUUAAAUUGGCAGACUUCGGCUUCGCACAGCACAUGUCCCCCUGGGACGAGAAGCAUGUACUGCGUGGCUCCCCUCUCUACAUGGCCCCUGAGAUGGUGUGUCAGCGGCAGUACGACGCCCGUGUGGACCUCUGGUCCGUGGGGGUCAUCCUGUACGAAGCCCUCUUCGGGCAGCCCCCCUUUGCCUCCAGGUCGUUUGCGGAGCUGGAAGAGAAGAUCCGGAGCAACCGGGUUAUCGAGCUCCCCUUGCGGCCCCCGCUCUCCCGAGACUGCCGGGACCUGCUGCAGCGGCUCCUAGAGCGGGACCCCAACCGUCGCAUCUCCUUCCAGGAUUUCUUCGCCCACCCCUGGGUGGACCUGGAGCAUGUGCCCAGUGGGGAGAGCCUGGCACGAGCGACCGCCCUCGUGGUGCAGGCAGUGAAGAAGGACCAGGACGGGGACGCCGCGGCUGCUCUGUCUCUCUACUGCAAAGCUCUGGACUUCUUCGUGCCCGCCCUGCACUAUGAAGUGGAUGCCCAGCGGAAGGAGGCAAUUAAGGCAAAGGUGGGGCAGUACGUGUCCCGGGCUGAGGAGCUCAAAGCCAUCGUCUCCUCCUCCAAUCAGGCCCUGCUGAGGCAGGGGACCUCAGCCCGAGACCUGCUCAGAGAGAUGGCCCGAGACAAACCUCGCCUCCUCGCUGCCCUGGACGUGGCUUCGGCUGCCAUGGCCAAGGAGGAGGAAGCUGGUGGGGAGCAGGAUGCCCUGGACCUGUACCAGCACGGCCUGGGGGAGUUAUUGGUGCUGCUGGCAGCGGAGCCCCCAGGCCGGAGGCGGGAACUGCUUCACGCUGAGGUUCAGAACCUCAUGGCUCGAGCUGAAUACCUGAAGGAACAGGUCAAGAUGAGGGAGUCCCGCUGGGCAGCCGAGAGCCUGGACAAAGAGGGGCUGUCGGAGUCUGUUCGUAGCUCUUGCACCCUGCAGUAACCCCAGAAGGAUGACUGGACAGACCAUAAGCCACCUGAAAUGAGGGACACACUCACCUAGACUGAUGCCCAGAAUUCUGUGGUCCUCUGCAGUGCUGUGGAACAGGUUUCCUGGAUGGGCAACUCUGCGACCCCCCACAUCCGAGGAUCCCCAGCUCCCCUCAGGAUACUCUGCACUUCCCAGACCCUGAUGGCCCGUGUUUGUGUUGGGAACACUAGGCCUUGGCCCCUGAGGGAAGGGGAGCAGGACUCUGGGAGAAGUUUCCUUCGUAUGACUUCUGUUAUUUGGUGGCUGCUGGACCCUGAGCCUGUCACUUCUGGGGCAUCGGGCUUCUGUUUUUGUUCUGGGAACAGGACAGGGAGCCCUCUGCUCUUGCCCCUUCUCUGUCAGCAGGCAGCUGUGCCUGUGCCCACCCCUGCCCUUCCUGGGAGCCCUUAUUGCAACUCACUUCACUCCUUGCACUGGAAUGGGGCUCUCCAAGACCCCUCAGGGACCACCCACCCCACGGUAUGCACCCCACAGAGCUCACCAGUCUUCUUGGGAGCUGACCCCUGCCCACCCUCUCAAUAUUUUAAGAUAAUCCUUCAGACGUGAAAAUAAUGUACUUCAUAUGGGUGGGGCAAAUUUAAGAAAGCCAUGCCUUGUUCCUGCUCUGGCCCAGGGGGCACGAGGGGAGGGGUCCUCAGCCUUUAUCCUUGGCCCCUACUAGCCACAGAGCUGGUUCUGGCCUGGAAGGGGCCCGCGUAGGGGCUGCCUGACCCAUCAGGCUGCAGAGGACCCGGCGAUCCAGGAGGUCUGAUGUUGCUGCUACCCCAGUGUGUGACCCUGGGUGCAUCCCUUCCCUUUUCUGGGCCUGGAUCCGCCCAUCUCUCUAAUGGCGCUGUUAAUACCUCCUCAGCUCGCCACGUGAGCUAAGUGAUUUUAAUCUGGAGAAGAAUGUACACACGUGGAGUUACUUGGGGGAUCCUUUUUAAAAAGUGCACAAGGGUGUUUACGAUCUCUAACCUUUGUGCCCUUCAGUGCCUCCUUGGGGCAAGAGGAGUCUGUCUUCCUUGCAGGAGGCUGGGUGUAAAGAAUAUAAUUCAUGGUUUCUCUAUUAAAUUAUUUUCUGAA